UUAUUUGAAAAUUUACAUUUAAGAAAUAAAUCAUAUAAAAUGAAUGAAGAAAAGUUAAACUGUACAUUUUUAAUAGUAGGUGGUGGUAUUGCUGGAGUAUCUUGUGUUGAAAGUAUAGCUUUUCUUGCUCCAGAAGAAAAAAUCAUUUUAAUUACAGCAAGUCCUUUAAUAAAAACAGUCACAAAUAUAAUUCCACUUGGUAAAACUUUAAUGCAAUUUGAUAUAGAAGAAAAAGAUAGUACAGUUUUGAUGAAAGUACAUGAUUUAUUAAAAAUUAUAAAUGAUUUAGUAAUAAAAAUAGAUAGUUUAAAUAAACAAGUGGAAACUAAAACUGGAAAAAUUAUAAAUUAUAAAAUGUUAUGUCUUUGUAAUGGUGCUAGACCAAAACUUAUAGAAAAUUAUAAUAAUUUUAUACUAGGUAUAAGAGAUACUGAAUCAGUUCUUCAAUUUUCUCAAAAAAUAAAGAAUUCAAAAAGAAUUGUAAUAGUUGGAAAUGGAGGUAUUGCAACUGAAAUUGUGCAUGAAGUAGAUGGUCUUGAAAUGAUAUGGGUAAUCAAGGAUAAACAUAUUUCUGCAACUUUUGUUGAUCCUGGAGCUUCAGAAUUUUUCAUGAACAAAAUAUACAAAAAUGAUAUAUUUGUAAAUGCUAAUAAAAGUUCUUUAACUAAAAGAAUGAGGUAUACUGUCUCUGAUAUUACCGCUGUAGCAGAUGGACCAGCUUUAGGUCCAGAUUGGCAUAACAAUUUUAAUAUAAAAAGUACUUACCUUAAAUCUGCAAAAGUACAAAUAGAAUAUGAAUGUGAAAUAAUUAAAAUUCUUAAUAAAUCAGAACAAAAAGAAUUUGAUCCUAUGGAAGAAUGGCCUAUAUAUGUUCAAUUAACAAAUGGAAAAAUUAUUGGUUGUGAUUUCAUUGUAUCAGCAACUGGUGUAAUUCCAAAUUCUGAUAUAAUAGGUUUGGAAGAUAUAAAAAAGGAGAAAGAUGGAGGAUUAUUGGUAGAUUGGAAAUUAGAAACUUCUAAACAAGAUAUAUAUGCUGCUGGAGAUGUAUGUAGUGCAGGAUGGGUAUUAGCAAAACAUUGGUUUCAAAUGAGAUUAUGGACUCAAGCACAUCAAAUGGGUCGAUAUGCAGCAAAAUCAAUGGUUUCUAAAAUGAAAAAUGAAGAGUUUCUACAAGAUUUCUGUUUUGAACUUUUUACUCAUGUAACUAAGUUUUUUGGUUACAAAGUAGUUUUACUUGGUUUGUAUAAUGGACAAAAGUUGGAUAAUAAUUAUGAAGUAUUAUUACGAACAACUAAAGGAGAAGAAUAUAUAAAACUUAUAUUAAAAAAUGGUAAAAUGCAAGGAGCAGUUUUAAUUGGAGAUACUAAUUUAGAAGAAAUGUGCGAGAAUUUAAUACUUAAUCAAUUAGAUUUAAGUAUCUAUGGAGAAGAUUUAUUGAAUCCUGCUAUUGAUAUUGAAGAUUAUUUUGAUUAAUUAUAUAUAUAUAAUUUGAUAUAUAUAAUUAAUAUAUAUAAAAUUUAUUUAGUUUAUAUAGUAAUUAUAUAGUAAUUUAAUAUAGCAAUUAUAUAAUAAUUUAUAUAGUAUAUUUUAUUAAUUUAAUAUUCAUAAAAUAUGCUUUAUUUAAUGGGAUGCUUAUUUAAAUUGAUUAUUUUAUUUGAAUAAUAUUAUUGUAACUUUACAAACCUUAUAUAAAUUUAAUUAAACAUUCAUACAGAAUAUUUUAUAUAAUAUAUAUAUACGUAAAUAACAUUAUAUAACAGCUAUGACUAAUAAAAAAUAAAAUAAUAUAGUCACAUAGUAAAUGUAGCUAAACAUAUUUUUAUGUUAAUGUUUUUCAAGUAUAUUCCAAUACAGUUCAUUUAUAUAA